GGAACCUAGCAGGCUCAUGCUGAGGUAUAUUCUUGAGACAAGAUACAGUGACUCAUAUGCUUUGCUGGAUCAUCUAAUCCAUGGAUAAAGUGGGAAAGAUGUGGAACAAUUUCAAAUACAGAUGCCAGAACCUCUUCAGUCAUGAAGGUGGAAGCCAGAAUGAAAAUGUACUUGUGAACUCCAGCAGUUGUUCGUCAGUUAAAGAGAAAGCUGUCCAGAUAACUGAUGUGGCUCAGCAGCAGCCCAGCAGCCCUCUGAGAGAAAACAUUGCUUUGCAGUUAGGCUUGAGCCCUUCAAAGAAUUCGGCAAGGCGAAACCCAAACUGUGUCAAUUCCUGCUCUACCAAAACCCAGAGCUCCUUGGAUACCGAGAAGAGGUUUGGCAGAACACGAAGCAGUUUGCAGAGGAGGGAGAGAAGGUAUGGGGUGAGUUCCGUCCAUGAUAUGGAUACGGUAUCAAACAGGACAGUAGGGAGCCGUUCUCUGCGGCAGCGUCUACAAGAUACUGUUGGUCUAUGUUUUCCCAUGAGAACUUACAGCAAACAAUCCAAACCUCUAUUUUCUAACAAAAGAAAAAUCCAUCUCUCUGAACUAAUGCUUGAGAAAUGCCCUUUUCCUGCAGGCUCAGAUCUGGCUCAGAAGUGGCAUCUCAUUAAGCAACACACAGCUCCCGUGAGUCCACAUUCAACCUUCUUUGAUACGUUUGAUCCUUCCUUGGUCUCUACAGAGGAUGAGGAGGACAGGCUCAGAGAGAGACGUAGACUCAGUAUCGAAGAAGGGGUUGACCCCCCUCCCAAUGCCCAAAUACACACUUUUGAAGCUACAGCACAGGUUAAUCCAUUAUAUAAACUAGGACCAAAGUUAGCCCCCGGUAUGACUGAGCUGACGGGGGACAAAAACGUGCCACCGCCAGGAACUUGCGACUCGGAAGAGGACACGACUUGCCUUCAGUCGCGCAGGCAGAAGCAGCGCCAGGCGUCGGGGGAGAGCCACGGCCACGUCAGCAGGCAGGGCGCGUGGAAGGUGCACACUCAGAUCGAUUACAUCCACUGCCUCGUGCCAGACCUGCUCCAGAUCACGGGGAACCCCUGCUACUGGGGCGUCAUGGACCGCUACGAGGCGGAAGCGCUUCUGGAGGGCAAGCCCGAGGGCACCUUCCUGCUCAGGGACUCGGCGCAGGAGGACUACCUCUUCUCGGUGAGCUUCCGCCGCUACAACCGCUCCCUGCACGCGCGCAUCGAGCAGUGGAACCACAACUUCAGCUUCGACGCCCACGACCCCUGCGUGUUCCACUCCUCCACGGUCACGGGCCUCCUGGAGCACUACAAGGACCCCAGCUCUUGCAUGUUCUUUGAACCGUUACUCACUGUGUCCCUGAACAGGACCUUCCCUUUCAGCCUGCAGUAUAUCUGCCGGGCGGUGAUCUGCAGGUGCACUACGUACGACGGCAUCGAUGACCUUCCUCUACCUUCAAUGUUGCAAGACUUUCUAAAGGAGUAUCACUAUAAGCAAAAAGUCAGGGUGCGAUGGUUGGAGCGGGAACCCAUUAAAACCAAGUAAAAGGAACCCAGAGUCCCCAAUAAGCUCACAGAAUACGCUCUUUUUUUGUGUGCGUGUGUGUGUGUUACAGUUUAACUGCAGCAAGUGCACCGACGACGUCUAGCUUUUUUGCUAUAUCCUAUUUAAGCUCAGUGUUAGUAUCCUGUCAGAUGCUGCCUGCUGUUAAUCAGACUAAAUUGUGAUGCCUCUUGGAAACAAUAAGCAGACACAAUUCUGCACGUCUUUCAUUUAGGCCUAAUUAAAGUAUUUUUGCUAAUUUCUAAAUAUUUUGUUUCCCUUUUAUAGCUGUAGUAAUUGGAUGAAGAAACUAUGAGGCAUUUUCCAUGGGGCAUUCAUGCUAGGCUAAUAAAGAUGUUAUUAGAGGAGCAUUUUUGCUAAUAUUUGAAGUAUUUUUUUAAAGAAUUUUCUCACUACCUUUCUGCUACUCAAAGUACUAAUUUAGCU